AUAGUGGAUAUCUGUUGGAUACCGCAGUCGUAGCGAUCAGUCGCGUUCAGACCCUGCUACACCACGGUUAUGAGUGUACGCAUGCGCGCGCUUCAAAACGCUACGCUCAGUGAGUUUUCGUUAUUCCACUAGUUAUACGCUUACUAAUUGAAGUUGCUGCAGUGACUACACACGUAGAAUGCUAAUGAAUAAGUAACGCCUGCACACAACGCCAGCUGACUUGUGAAUCCAUAUGUGAAUCGCAGCGCGACCUUUUGUGCAGAACGGACGUCGAGUGAAAUAAAAAAUCGAAAAACUACAGUAUUCAUCAGCUAAUUAAAGGUUUACUAGUGGCGAUUUUCCGUUCAAUUGCAACCACACGUGCAUUCAAAGUGUGCGUUUGUAUUCUAAACAAAAACAUAACGGUGCAAAACACAAUUCUAAUUAUAAAUCAACCGCAAUAGUAACAGAAAAGUUCAGUGUUUGUGCGUAGUAAAUAUUUGUGAUUAUUUGAAAAUAAAAAAAGCUUUGAAACAUCAACCGACACACUCAUGAAGCUUUUGCACCGCUUCAUCGUGUUCAAAGAGUUAUCGGUUUCACCGCAAAAAAUCAGCAACUUUGCAAACCAACAACGCUUCGGGCCAAAAUAAUGAGUGUAAUCCUGUUGUCAUUGCCACACCGUUACAAGCGCGUUCUGCAAGCAAUGACACUCGCCGUGGCCAUAAUUUACACUACACUGGUGCUGUAUCAGAGCGCCUACGGAUAUCCUGAUUUACAGCAGCUGCCGACGCAAAAGCACUACGUGCUCGAGACCCAAACCGCUCCAGCUCCCGCCGCAUUGGCGCUGUCUUCCACGAGCAGAAUUGUAGCGACAGCGCAGCAGACGCAAGUGCAGACCAAAUCGUUGCGUAAGAGUCCACAACAACAAAAGCUCACAUCUUCCGUCGAACAAAAACAGUUUGAGCAUAAACAACAACACAAACAUGUGAAGAAUCUGCCACAAGCUGAACUGCAUUCAAAGCAGCCAGCCCAUCAAACGGCGAACGCGAGGGCAGCGGUCGCACCUGCGCCACCCGCGUUCGUUCCCUCGCGUGCAGCCGUGGGUGCGCACACACAAACAUCUUACAUUAUUCGCAAGGACAUAAAAAGUUUCAAUUUCUCCGACAUCGAAGUAAACGAGGAGGAUGCGACGGCGGCGGCGCGGCUGGACGAUCUGGCGCGUCGCAGUCGUAACGGUGAGCUACUGCACGACUUGUGGCAGCGCGCCGUUACGGCGACACCACAGCCGCCGAUCACUGAACUCGAUGACAUUUUCAUUAGCGUCAAGACAACGAAAAAUUAUCACGACACUCGUUUGGCGCUGAUCAUCAAGACGUGGUUCCAAUUGGCGCGCGAUCAGACUUGGUUCUUCACGGAUACCGACGACGCUUACUAUCAGGAGAAGACAAAGGGACAUCUAAUUAACACAAACUGUUCACAGGGACACUUUCAGGAAGCUUUGUGCUGCAAAAUGUCGGCGGAAUUGGAUGUCUUCCUGGCCAGUGGAAAGAAGUGGUUUUGCCAUUUCGAUGAUGACAACUAUGUGAAUGUGCCACGGCUAGUGAAACUGUUGGACGAGUACAGCCCGACAGUUGAUUGGUAUCUGGGCAAGCCGAGCAUUUUUUCGCCACUGGAGAUACACCUGGAUAGCUAUCCUACGUCAACUCACAAAAAUAAAACUUCGAGCGAGAAGAUUUCCUUUUGGUUCGCCACGGGAGGUGCGGGAUUUUGCCUGAGUCGUGCACUCACUAUGAAAAUGUUGCCAAUAGCAGGCGGUGGCAAAUUUAUUAGUAUCGGACGGAAAAUACGAUUCCCUGAUGACGUCACUAUGGGCUUUAUAAUCGAGCAUCUGCUGAAAGUGCCGCUGCGUAUUGUCGAGAAUUUCCAUUCGCAUUUGGAGCCAAUGGAGCACAUACGCCCAGAUACAUUUCCCGAUCAGGUUUCCUUCAGCUAUGCGCACAUGCGAAAUCAGUGGAAUGUCGUUAAGGUGGACGGCUUCGACUUGGCAAAAGAUCCCAAGCGGUUCUACUCGCUCCACUGCAAACUGUUUCCGUACUUCAGCUUCUGCCCACCCAGAUGAUUCUGCUGAAUUCGGGAGCACAAGAAGUCUCCAGCAAUUCUAACUUUCAGAAGUUUUGUAACUAAAACUCAAAACUGUGAUGUAGUUUAAGGUGUAAAAAUAUUCCCGUGUACAUAAGAUAUAUAAAUCUAGAGUUGGCCUUACAGAAAUAAGAAUUAAAACAAUAUA